AUGCUUGAAAAAGUAGGAGAAUUUGAGGCCAAAUUUGGAAUGACGCAAGCUUUUGGCUGCAUAGAUGGCACCCACGUACAAAUUUUACGACCUAGUGAACAUUCACAAGAUUAUUUUUCUUACAAAAUGUAUUUUUCUCUUAACGUUCAGGCAGUAUGCGAUUUCCGUGGCUAUUUCAUGGAUGUUGAUUGUAGGUGGCCAGGCAGUGUACAUGACGCGAAGGUGUUCGCCAACUUAAAUAUUGCUGCUAAACUUAAAGAUGAGGAAAUACCCAUUACUUAUGAGGACAUCCUGCCAGGCCGAGCCAAAGUUCCAAACUAUUUAAUUGGUGACCCUGCAUACCCCUUGACACCGUACUGUAUGAAAGAGUACCAUAGUUGUUCAACAAAUGCUAAGUGUUAUUUAACAACAUGCUCCGGUCAGCAAGAAACCCAGUCGACAAAGAAAGUUGAUUUAAAAAUAGAUUUUGUUCCUGUGGCAAUCUAUGCAUGUUUUGUGCUGCACAAUAUAUGUGAACUUAACAAAUGUGUUAUUGACCCUGAUUUGGUGAAAAUUGAAAUAGAAAAGCAUAAAGCAGAGACACAACAAUUAGAUUACUCUGUGUAUUUAGGAAAUCUUGCAGAGGGUGAUGUUGUAUGGGAAGUAAUAACAAAUUUUAUACAAGACAGUCUUCCAUACUAA